CGGUCACGCCCCCGGCCGGCGGAGCUGUUGAUGUGCCCGCGCGGCGCGCGCCUCCCUCGCUUGCUUACACUCGCGCUCACACGCGCACUCCCGCCGCGCAGCCGCCCCGGCCCGGGCCCGUCGGAAGCCCCGUGUCGCCAUGUCUUCGCCUCCCGAAGGGAAAGUAGAGACCAAAGCUGGACACCUGCCCGCCGUGAAGGCCGGCGGGAUGCGGAUCGUGCAGAAGCACCCCCACACGGGAGACGGCAAGGAGGAGCGAGACAAGGACGACCAGGAGUGGGAGAGCGCCAGAAGUCAUCGGCGAUGUCGGAAGCCCAGGCUCCGAUUGCUCCUGCAUCCAGCCUGCUGCCUCCUCUCCAUCUCGGGCGCCAGAAGAGGCCUGGAGCCUGGCAGCCCACCCAAGCCGACCGUGUUCAUCUCCGGUGUCAUCGCCCGGGGUGACAGAGACUUCCCCCCGGCAGCUGCACAGGUGGCUCACCAGAAGCCCCACGCCUCCAUAGACAAGCACCCUUCGCCGAGGACCCAGCACAUCCAGCAGCCUCGCAAGUGACCUGGGGCCGGGGGCCCCAGCUGGCCAGCGGCAGCGCCAGCCACCUGCAUUCACGCUGUGACAGCGCCAGCAGCACUGUCUGCGGAAAACGCCUCACUGAGAGCUCCAAGGCCAACCACAGCUUCCUGCCUCUGCCUUGUAUUUGCGAUUUCAAACUAGGAACGGCUCAAACCCCCAACUUGGUGUGUGGGAGCACCACUGAAGGGCACCGCGCCUCCCAGAAGUGCCAUUCUCGAGUUGCCAAGACCUGAUUAAAAAGCAGCCUUUCACACUUGA